AUGGAACCAGCACUGACAAUCUUCUUCAUAUCCCUCUUUGUCCUGCUGUGUGUCCUGGGCAUCCUGGCCAAUGGAUUCAUUGUGCUGAUGCUGAGCCGUGAGAGGGUGCGGCGUGGUAGGCUGCUCCCCUCGUACAUGAUUCUCCUUGGCUUAGGUGCCUCCCGCCUCCUCCAGCAGUGUGUUGGGCUGGUGUACAGCGUCUACUAUUUCUUCAGCCUGGUUGACUUCUCCAAGACUCUUGCCCGGCAGCUCCUUUCUCUGCACUGGGAAUUCCUGAACUCAGCCACCUUCUGGUUUGCUACCUGGCUCAGUGUCCUGUUCUGCGUAAAGAUAGCUAACUUCUCCCAUCCUGCCUUUCUGUGGUUGAAGUGGAGGCUCCCAGCUUUGGUGCCCUGGCUCCUGCUGGGCUCUGUGCUCAUUUCCCUCUCAGUAACCUUGCUGUUCUUUUGGGGGAACUUCGCUGUCUACCAAGCAUUCGUAAAGAACAAACUUUAUGAGAACAUGACUGACAAGGAGUGGAACAGGAGGCUGGAAAUUCCCUACUUCAUGCCUCUGAAACUCGUCACGAUGUCAAUUCCAUGCUCUUUUUUUCUGGUCUCAAUUUUGCUGCUGAUUGGUUCUCUGAGGAACAGCCUGAGAAUGCAGGACAAUGGCCGUGACCCUCAGGAGCGCAGCAACCGGGUUCACACCAGAGCUCUAAAGUCCCUCAUCUCCCUCCUUGUUCUCUAUGCUCUGUCUUUUGUGUCCCUGGUCAUUGGUGCUACAGUCUUUAUCACCUCUGACAGCAGGUGGUACUGGCCAUGGCAGAUCUCAGUCUACCUGUGUAUGUCUGCUCAUCCCUUUUUCCUCAUCAGUACCAACCUGAAACUUCGAGGCACGGUCAGGCAGCUACUGCUGUUGGCCAGGGGUUUCUGGGUGACCUAGGUAGUUCAGUGUCCUAAUCCAACCCCCAGAAGGGACUCAGGGGAGGGAUCAGAGCCUCACCUCACCUAUAUGGUAAUGUGCUCAA